UUAUUAGAUUAAGCACCAAAUUGAAUAUAUUGUUGAGCGUUGAUCGGUGAUUUUAUAAAUAGUAAAGCCAAAAAUGUCGAAAGAAUUUAAGUUAAGUACGUGUCUUUAUGGUCAUUCGAUGGACAUAAGAUCCGUAACAGUUUCGUCAAAUAAUGAUAUCAUUAGUGGCUCAAGAGAUAGAACUGCUAAAUACUGGAAAUAUAACCCCUUACAAAAUAUAUAUUGUGAGGUAAUGACAUACAAGAAUCAUGAAAACUUUGUAGGCAGUGUUUUAUACUUGGAAGCAAACAAAGAUUUUCCUGACGGCUUGGUCAUUACUGGGGGUUAUGAUAAUGUGAUAUUUGUAUACAAACCCGGAGAACCUUUUCCUACAUAUACAUUUAAAGGAGAACAUACUAAUACAAUUUCUAGUCUUUCCAAGGGUCGAGAGGUGAAUUCAUUUUUUAGUGCAUCAUGGGACAUGACCGCAAGAUAUUGGCUUAUAAGCAAUUCUACCACUAAGUCUAUCGUUACAUUUUCUGGUCACGAAGCAGCUGUUUGGAAUGUUAAACAGUUAAGUGAUGGUCGGGUUGUGACGGCUUCUGCAGAUAAAACUAUCGGUGUGUGGGCUUCUAAUGGCCAAAGAUUAAGCACACUCAAAGGUCAUACCGAUGCAGUAAGAUGUUUAGAAGACUUUCCUGAAUUAAAUUACUUUAUAAGCGUAGCAAAUGAUGCUUCGAUAAAGGUUUGGUCUUACUUAGGAGAGAAUACGAAUACAUAUUAUGGUCAUACAAAUUAUAUUUACAGUAUCGCCAGAUGUAAAUCUCACGGAGAUAAUGCUUUUGUAACAUCAGACGAAGAUAGAACGGUACGUUUUUGGAAAAACGGUGUUAAUACUCAAACUAUCGAACUGCCGGCUCAGUCGAUAUGGACAGUGGCGUGUUUACCAAAUGGCGACAUCGUUACGGGAUCAAGUGAUGGAGUUAUAAGAAUAUUUACUCAAAACGAGGAAAGGGUGGCAGACGAAGCGACCUUGACGAAGUUCAAUGAAGAAGUUAACGCUCUGAAGAGACAAAAUUUGCAAGAAAUCGGUGGUGUAAAAGUUUCUGAUUUACCUGGUAAGGAGGCGCUAUAUGAUCCUGGCAAACGGAGUGGACAAAUGAAAAUGAUCCGUGAAGGCAAAUUAGUGAUAGCGUACACUUGGGUCGACGAUGGUGAGAACAGUCAUUGGGAAAAAGUUGGCGAGGUCAUGGGUGGUACGGAUAAGGACGAUAGUGGAAAAACUGUCUACGAGGGAAAGGCUUACGAUUUUGUAUUUUCCGUCGACGUAGAAGACGGAAAGCCACCACUGAAAUUGCCUUACAACAGAGGCGAUGAUCCCUACCAAGCCGCUCAUAAAUUCCUUUCAAAGAAUUUCUUACCUGCCGAAUAUUUAGAACAGGUGGUUGAUUUCAUUUUAAAAAAUAGCAAAGAACAGUAUGUGCCUCCUGUAAGCAACGAAUACCAAGAUCCUUUCACGGGAGGGUCACGGUACACGCCUGGGUCCAAUUCUGGAAAUCAGACGGAGCUGGGGAUGAACUUGGACCCAUUUACCGGUGGCAGUAGUUACUCGACAUCCAGGGGCACAAAUAAGCAGUUGCCAGUCAAGAAAACCUCGAGUAGCAACUUCUUUCCCUUGACGGCGUACCGUUCCUUCGAUAUGGGUGAUCCCAAUGUCAUUUUAAAUAAACUUAGAGAAUUCAACGCAAAUAGUGGAGAUGGAAACGAAUCCGUGGACGAAAAAGACCUGGAGGAAUUAAUAAAACUGUGCGUUGGGCCUCCGAGUGAUCCGAAUGUUUUCGAUGUUUUAUUUAAGUUGUUGGAUUGGCGAGAUGAUAUAGUAUUCCCAGUUCUCGAUAUCAUACGACUGGCAGUACGCCAUGAAACUAACAACGAGGUAAUAUCUUCGAUGAACAACGGCAUCAUCAUGGACAAACUUAAAGGUUACAUCGGGGAUACCUGUAAAGUAGUGAAUAACCUGAUUGUGUCUCUUAGAACUAUCAGCAAUUUAUGUUUACACGAACCAGGGGAAAGCUUAGUUUACAAUAAUCGAUUUGAUAUUUUGGAAAACAUGACGUCUUUAGGACAACUAAAUAAAAACUGCCAGAUCGCCUUGUCAACCACUCUGUUAAAUUUGACCGUUAUGACGAUCAAACGGACCGACGAGUUGGGUUUGACGAUACUCGCUCAAGUCCUUCCCGACAUUUUAACGAAAUUGUCCGAUACGGAAUCGCAGUUUAGGAUGUACGUUGCCAUAGGGACAUUAAUAAAGUCUGCGAAUUCUCACAAGUCGGAGAUAUGUGCUAAGAUCAAUGAAAAUUCAAAUUUUCUCACUACGCUGCAGUUGCAUACGUUUUCCGGUCAGAACGAUUUGGAAAAUAAAAGGAAUAACUGCGUAAAAGAAUUGCUAAAUAUACUGUAACCGAUAGGUUAAUAUUAAUUAUUAAUUUUUUGUUUUGUUUACGUUCAUGCUGUAAUAAAAUCAUAUUA